UUUUGGUGGAAGAGAUUCUUUCCUGGAGAAAGUCGGGAAGUCGACUCCGUUUUCCCCGAGUCUGCCCCGUCGGCGGUGGGGCAGUGGCGUGCGCUUUCAGUUUGCCUGCCGCUGACCGGCAAGAGCUCCGUUGCUGCGUUUCCUAGGUUAGGAUGACUCAGGGAGCGGUCAGUAUUGGUGGCUGAAAGCUGCCGGGAAAGAUCGCCGGGACCACCCUGGCGCCUCCUCUCCCGUCCCGCCGUGGACAUUCCCGAGUCUUGGCCGGGUGACGUUUGCCAUGGGCUCGCCUUCGCUCCACCACCUCCUCUUUGGGAAGACGUCUUGAGUCCCAAUUUCUCAUUCCACCGCGGGAACCUUCUCUCCUAGGGACGUGGAAGGGAGGUGCAGCGUUUAACCCGGCUCUGCCGAGGGAAAAUGAGAGCCGGGGGAUUGCUGGUCGGUUUCUCCGUGCUCAGCCUCCUCACUCACGGCUACCUAGCUCGGGAGACGGGAGAGGACCCCGAGGAACCGAACGGGGCGGCCAAGUUGGAAGAAGACGCCGAGACACGACCUUCCCCUUUCCAGCCGCACCUCAUCUUCAUUCUGGCGGACGACCAGGGUUUCAGAGACGUUGGUUAUCACGGCUCAGAGAUCAGGACGCCUACCCUAGAUAAGCUGGCCGCGGAAGGAGUUAAGCUGGAGAAUUACUAUGUCCAACCAAUGUGCACGCCGUCCAGGAGUCAGCUCAUCACUGGAAGGUAUCAAAUCCACACAGGCCUUCAGCAUUCUGUCAUACGGCCCACUCAACCAAACUGCCUGCCGCUGGACAAUGUGACACUACCUCAGAAACUGAAAGAAGCAGGUUAUUCAACCCACAUGGUUGGCAAGUGGCACUUGGGCUUUUAUCGGAAAGAAUGUAUGCCAACUCAGCGGGGGUUUGAUACCUUUUUUGGCUCUCUUUUGGGUAGUGGUGAUUAUUACACCCAUUACAAAUGUGACAGCCCCCGAAUGUGUGGCUAUGACUUAUAUGAAAAUGACAAUGCUGCUUGGGAUCAUGAUAAUGGAAUGUAUUCUACACAGAUGUACACUCAAAGAGUGGAACAAAUCUUAGCCUCCCAUAAUCCCAGGGAACCUAUAUUCUUAUACAUUGCAUACCAAGCUGUUCACUCGCCACUUCAGGCCCCAGGCAAGUAUUAUGAACGUUACAGAUCAAUCAAUAAUAUAAAUCGGCGCAGAUAUGCUGCCAUGCUGGCAUGCUUGGAUGAAGCUAUCAACAAUGUGACCCAUGCAUUAAAGCAAUAUGGUUAUUAUAACAACAGUGUUAUAAUUUACUCUUCAGACAACGGAGGGCAGCCAACAGCCGGUGGAAAUAACUGGCCUCUCAGAGGAAGUAAGGGUACCUACUGGGAGGGAGGGAUUCGAGCAGUUGGCUUUGUUCAUAGCCCUUUACUUAAAAUCAAGAGGAGUAUAUGCAAGGAGCUUAUACAUAUAACAGACUGGUUUCCAACACUGAUUACCUUAGCUGAAGGACAGAUUGAUGAAGAUACCCAACUGGAUGGCUAUGAUGUGUGGGAGACCAUCAGUGAAGGCAGGCGGUCUCCAAGAAUAGAUAUUUUACACAAUAUUGAUCCCAUAUACACAAAAGCCAGAAAUGGUUCUUGGGCAGCUGGCUUUGGAAUAUGGAACACUGCCAUUCAGUCAGCCAUCCGUGUAAACCACUGGAAACUACUAACAGGAAAUCCAGGAUAUGGUGACUGGGUCCCUCCUCAGUCUUUUAGUAAUGCUGGCCCUAAUCGCUGGCACAAUGAACAGGUUUCGUGGACAGCUGGCAAAACUGUGUGGCUGUUCAAUAUCACUGCUGAUCCUUAUGAACGAGAGGACCUUUCUAGUAAGUAUCCAGGUAUAGUUAAGCACCUGCUGCGAAGGCUUUCCCAGUUCAAUAAAACAGCUGUGCCUGUUCGCUACCCACCUAAAGACCCCAGGAGUAACCCCAAUUUUAAUGGAGGAGUGUGGGGCCCAUGGUUUAAGGAGGAUAAAAAGAAGAAGAAAUCAAAUAAAAACAAGCUGGGUAAAAAGCAAAAGAAAACCAAAAAGAAAUCUAAUAGGCAGAAAGGACAUUCCUUGAACUGCCUUUUAAGUCAAUAAUUUCAGCUGGAGUUUUAUGCUAGAAUUCUCAUUAUACUUGCCUUCUUCAAAAGCAUUUACAAGCUUCAAGGUAAAUGUAUGUAGCCUCAGGAUGUCAUUGCUAAAGUGAAAGUAAAAUGUUCUCCAACAUUUGUAAUUGAGAAUUCAACACCGAAAUGUCAUUUCUGCACUCCUUCCGUUUUUGUUUGGGCUUGCAUUGGAACAGAAGGAUCCAUGUGUAAGAUGUGGUUAACAUCAAUGCCUAUGCAGAGAAUUAUAAUGUCUUCUGGACAAGUGAGAUGUUUUUGCACUCAUGGCUAUAAGAACCCUAAUUUCUAGGACACUUGGCUAUACAGUUUUGCACUCAGACACAUCUGUAUAUUUAAUUAGUCAUGUGAAAUCUCCAUUGGAUCAAAGAAAAUAGAUCAAAAAGGAAAAGACAAAAUGUUAAAAUGAGUUUGGGUUUAUCUCCUAAGUAUGAUUCGAUGAAGCAGAAUCAGACAUUAAGCUACCAAGUAACUUGAAUAAGUUGUGAAAAGGCUGCUUUAACUUUUGCCUGGCUUUCAACUGGAAAGGACUUUCUUUUUCCCUUCUAGAAUGUGCCAGGCUACAAUUCCUUCCAAUAAAAAUAAGCUAUAUACAAAACUGUUUGUAUAUGGUUAUAAUUACAGAAAGAUGUAAACUGAAAUCCUGGACUGGAUUCUGUGUGCAUUAGUGCAUUCAGAUUGACAGAGUAACCACAUAUAACUUUGCAAAGAAUGGCAGUCAUGUAAUAUACCAAGUGAUGCUGAGGAGUAUCCUCUAUGGAAAUGGAGUACCUAUGAUGUCUGAUAUCUGGUAUUAUUAGUGAAAUCUGAACAUGGCAUGUUUUAAUUGAAAUUUAUGAUUGAAGAUUCAAAUGCUACAAGAUUCUAUUUGAAUCUGUUAGAUAUUUAAUUCAGUAAAUAACCACAGCACAGAGAUCAGAAAACUUGCAUUGUGAUGUCACAAUACAAACCCCAGCCUUUCGUACUUGGCAUCCCAACAUGUAAGUCUUGUGAUCUGCACUGCAACAUCACAACAUGUGUUUCAUAAUUUGCCUCUAUUGCCGAUGCCUCUACUGACAUGGAGAAAAACUAAGUGGUUGCUAGAGUCAGCACUGACUUGAUGACAUAUAAUCCAUCAAUCCAUGCCUCUAUUCAGGCAUAAGUUCUAAAGGGGAAACGUCAAUAUGCCAGCAGUUUGUUCAUUUUGGGGGUAAAAUGAGAUGAAAAUCUAUAGAUUGAAGGUUUUGCCCAAAUAAAUGCUUGAAAUAUUUAUAUAUACCUCUUUAAAGCCAAAGAUAAGAAAAUGAUAGCACAG